UCUACCACCACCAAGAUGGACCCCCGCGAUGAGAAAAAGUCGGAGCUGACCGUCUACCCUCCGCACGACUCCCACAUCGAUGAGGAUCCUCUGGCCGAAACCCAGAAGACCUUCUGGGAGCGCAGUUGGCCCACCUUCGCCUGUGGUGCCGGCCUGUGGUCCGACGGUUACCUGCAAUACGUCAUCGGUACCGUCAACACCAUCUUCGAUAAGCUCUACCCCAAGGUCUACGACGGCUCGGUCUACAGCCAGAAUGUCUCGUCCGUCGCCUUCGCCGGCACCGUCGUGGGCAUGCUGGGCUUCGGCUACCUGUCCGACCACUGGUCGCGCACCAACACCCUGAUGGUCUCCACCGUCAUCCUCUUCGUCUUCGGUGCCCUCUGCGCCGGCGCCUACGGCAAGGACGGCAGCCUCACCGGCAUGUUCAACGCCCUCACCGUCUACCGCUUCUUCCUCGGCCUGGGCGUGGGCGGCGAAUACCCGGCGGGCUCCGUGGCCGCCGCCGAGAGCAGUGGCGAGAUGGAGGAGGGCACCCGCCAUCGCUGGUUCAUCCUGUUCACCAACUUCCAGCUCGAUCUGGCCUCCGUCGCCUCCUCCCUCGUCCCCAUGAUUGUCGUGCUGGCCACCGGCGAGGACCACCUGCGCGCCGCCUGGCGCAUCUGCCUGGGACUGGGUGUCAUCCCCCCGCUGAGUCUGAUCUACCUGCGGAUGAAGCUCAAGGAGCCCGAGGAGUACAGGCGCGAGAAGAUGCACAAGUUCCCCAUCUGGCUGAUCAUCAAGUUUUACUGGAUGCGUUGGUGCGUGGUCGCCCUGAUCUGGUUCAUGUACGACUUCUCGACCUACUCGUUCAGCAUCUACUCCUCCCAGUGGCUGGAGAUCAUCAUCGGCGACAGCUCGCCCCUGUGGGUCACCCUGGGCUGGAACACCGUCAUCAACGUCUUCUACCUGCCCGGCUCCCUCAUCGGCGCCUUCUGCAGUGACUGGUUCGGUCCCCGUAACACCCUCGCGGUUGGCGUCUUCCUCCAGGGCGCGGUCGGCCUGAUCAUGACCGGCUGCUACCCGUACCUGGACACCAACCAGUACGUCGGCGCCUUCGUGGUGGUCUAUGGGAUCUUCCUCGCCCUGGGUGAAGUGGGCCCCGGGGACAACAUCGGUCUCUGCGCGGCCAAGACGUGCGCCACCCCCAUCCGCGGGCAGUACUACGGCACCGCCGCCGCCAUGGGCAAGGUCGGGGCCUUCGUGGGCACCUACGUUUUCCCCAUCAUCGUGAAGAACGCGCCCAACAAGAUCCGCCAGGGCCAGGACCCCUUCUACGUGUCCAGCGCCCUGUGCAUCUUCAGCGCCUUCCUGGCCUUCUUCUUCCUGCCCAAGAUCAACCAGGACACCAUCACCCACGAGGAUGCCCGGUUCCGCGCCUACCUCGAGGAGCAGGGCUACGACACCACGAGCAUGGGCAUCGUGGACGUGCCGGCCGAGACGGAGGAGGUGCGAUGAAUGACGACGACCUGAUGAGGCGAAGACCGUGACGUGAUCGAUGUGGCGGGACCCCAGUCCGGAUCCGGCUGUUCAAAAUGUACUUACUAUCUGCCCCCUACCUUAUUGCUUAAUACUAGUCAUGACCCGUUGUACCCGGGAGGAAAAGGAAAUCCCGCUAUCUCUCCGGGGGGCAUCACAUGCGAUGGAGCGAUCCCCACGACACGACGCAGCGCGGAGAAUCCUGCGCGGUUAAAUGCAGAUAAGCAACCAGGCCCGAGUCCGGACCGCGAUCCAACAGGCCGGGACUGAUAGGAGAUAGAUAUAGAUAAUCGUAUAGUGAUACUAUAGUUACUGAUACUAU